GCACAGGCUGCACACCACAGCAGUACUGUACGGUACCUACAGCCUGUCCGGCCCCAAAAACAACGCCACCAAACGCACAGCGACGGAGCCCACUAGAAAGCCAGCUGCUGCAGAGAGCCAAACGGCAGCGCCCACCUCCACCACACUCAAACGCCAACUAUUCGCUGUGCCACUGUGUCUCGCAUCGCCCCCUCCUUGCGUCCUUGCUCAGCGCUAGCGAAUAGAAACGCAGCAGCGGCACACCAAGAACGUGCUACUUCUCUCUCGCCCUGAGAGGCGUCUUGAUUAUGGACCAAGCAUCGCAGCCCUCGUCCGGCAGCUCCCAACGGCACAAGCUCAUCAAGAAGCUCUCGCAUCGCUACUCGCGAUCAUCGUCAGGCUUUGACGCCGCCCACGACUCCCACGUCACCAGCGACAGCCGCAGCUCCCAACAGAGUUUGCGUCGCACUCCAAGCGCCCCUCCGGUCCGCACAAGCACCAGGUUCUCUCCCCGGAAUCCUCACGUCUCACAGUGGCCCAGCGUCUCGCCACUCCCCGCCCCGAGCGAGUUUGCUAUGUCAUCUCCUGGUCCUAACCAGUACACCUUGCCUCACCGAUCGAGUCCUAAUCCCGCCUACAACUCCAACGCAAGCGCCAUCGCCAGCACAAGCACAACCCGCCGUCCCAGCUGCGAGGUCGCCGACGACCUCCUCGGCGCGCCUUUUGACGGAGCAUCCAUCCUAAACACAUUGGACUCGCCUAAACUCUCCAACCAUCCAUCGCUACGUGGGCAGCCGCCUUCUCUCCAACGAAACAACGUUCCUCCUUCUCUCGCGCGAUCUGUCACUGAUGCAAAAAAUCGUCCGGGCUUGCGCAUAUCUCGUAGCUUCAACACCAUGGACUCCUCCUUAAUGAACAACACGGCCGGCCGACCAAUGGAGACGGGGUUGAUGAGCCCCAAGCGCCAUUCUGGCGAGGCACAGCCAUCCAAGCCGCCCAUUCUGCGAAAGAAGUCGGGCUUUACAGACUUUGUCACAAAAGUGGUUGGUGUGCAACGGAAACCCACCAUCUCGGCUCCAGAAAACCCUGUGCACGUUACUCACGUCGGCUAUGAUAGCUCAACAGGUGUCUUUACGGGCUUACCGAAAGAAUGGCAGCGCCUAAUCACGGACAGUGGCAUCCCCGAAAAAGAACGACAAGAGAACCCCCAGACAAUGGUGGAUAUUUUAACCUUCUACAAGGAGACUGCUGAAAGACCACGAGAAGACCAAGUCUUUGAUAAGUUCUCUCGCAUCGGUUCCAGAGACGGCAGGCCACACGCCUCUUCAAACGCGUCCAUGCCCGGAUCGCCAACGAUAUACCCCCCCGGUAGCCAAAUGGGCAGCUUUGAGAACCCCCGAGCCGCACCGCCAGUUCCCCCCACCAAACAUUCUGCAGAACGAUCUGUCGACCUAACACCUACCCGACCAGCCCCGCGCCCGCCCGUUAGCUACAACAACCGACCCGCGCCACCCACCUAUACAACACCCCAAGAUUCUGGCAUUGGUAUUAUUCAACCUGGAGAUGAUGGUUCUACACCAACAUUCUUCUCUCAUGAAAAGAUGCUACCGGAAGAGCAUCGUUCUCGAUCCAACUCACGGGCAUCCCCCGCAGCACCAUACACGCCUACGUUUUCGCCCAAUUCCCAGAAGCCUGGUUAUGUCAACUCACCGCCAACAUCCCAGGAACGCACCCCGCAGGAUGCUGAAGCCGCCCGAUCGGCGCACAUGUUGCGCUCGCCAAGCAACAAAGGCCAAACGGCUGAUUCUGCGCACCAGUAUCGCAGCCCUACCGGAUACACUACUCGAGUACCUGCCCCGAUUGCCGGCCAAGCAAAGGAUGCGCAGCCAGCCAAUCCCCAAGCACGACCACGACCUCGUCAACGGCAGAGCACAGCAAUCGACGUGACUGCUGAGUUGAAGAGAAUAUGCGCCGAGGGUGACCCUCGGCAAAUCUUUAGAGGCUUCACAAAGAUUGGACAGGGUGCUUCUGGCGGCGUUUAUACUGGUUACCAGCGAGGCAGCAACCGACUUGUCGCCAUUAAGCAGAUGAACCUGGAGCAACAGCCUAAGAAGGACCUGAUUAUUAACGAAAUUCUGGUUAUGAAGGAGAGUUCGCAUCCCAACAUUGUCAACUUUAUUGACAGCUAUCUGAGUGGCGGCGAGCUCUGGGUUGUCAUGGAGUACAUGGAGGGAGGCAGUUUGACUGACGUUGUAACGUUUAACAUUAUGACGGAGGGUCAAAUUGCGUCUGUUUGUCGCGAGGUUCUGAAAGGACUGCAACAUCUCCACUCCAAGGGCGUUAUUCACAGAGACAUCAAGUCGGACAACAUUUUGCUAUCCAACGAAGGAAACAUCAAGCUGACUGAUUUCGGUUUCUGUGCAACGAUUAACGAGGCCCAAAAUAAGCGAACGACAAUGGUCGGUACGCCGUACUGGAUGGCGCCGGAAGUGGUUACUCGCAAAGAGUAUGGCCGCAAGGUCGAUAUCUGGUCUCUGGGCAUCAUGUCCAUCGAGAUGAUCGAGGGAGAGCCACCUUACCUAACCGAAUCGCCGCUCCGAGCACUGUGGCUGAUUGCCACCAACGGAACCCCGAAGAUUAAGAACGAAGAAGAACUGUCACCUGUUUUCCGCGAUUUCCUUCAGUUUGCUCUCAAGGUAGACCCUGAGAUGAGAGCUAGCGCGCAGGACCUGCUACGACAUGAAUUUAUGAAACAAUGCGUCGAUUUAACCCAACUUUCGCCACUGGUCAAGGCGGCGAGAGAGCAACGAGCCCAGGAGAAGGCUCGCAAAGGCAACUAAACAAAAGGAGCCAGGGCCUCCUGGGAAACCAAAAAAUAUUUAGAGCGUCAAAAAGUAGAAACCAUCUCGAUUGUACAUGACGUCCGCAUCUCGGUAUUUUGCUGCUCCAGUUGAAGCGGCAUCAUAAUAUAUUCUCGUUUUUGAAACAUCGUUCGGGCAACAGACCUGUGCUGUAGUGCUUGUGCUGGCAGCUAUGCACUAUGUAUAUUCAGAAGCAAGCAUAAGAACAGACCAGUAGAUCGUGUUAAGGCUCGAGAUGAGGCGCGGCAGAUGUCUACGGUGGCUUUUUUUUCUAUAGCUCGUGACACGCCAAUCUGUCAGCAUGAACCACUGCUCCCAAGCUUAUUGAUUUUGCCCCUGCUCUGCUCGUGACAGGAUGGUCCUGCAGUGGCGUUGGUGACGGAGGGAUGCCGUUGCCGUGGACGCAUCGGGCCGGAGUUUAUGUGUACGGAUGGCCGGGUCUGUCGUCCAAGGUAAUAAUAGUGCGACAAUUACUACUAUAUUUAAAAAAACCACUUGAUUGAAGACAAUGAACAGCAUUGUGUGCGCCAUGAAGCUACCUAGCUACCUCCACCGCAAAUCUGUCUUCUCCAGCUUUUCC